AUGACCGAUACUACAACGAAGAAUGCAAAGACCCGAAAAGCGCGCAGCAAGACCUUUACAGGCUGCUGGACCUGCCGCGCGCGCCGGGUCAAGUGUGACGAUGUGCACCCUCAUUGUCUGCGGUGUCUACGCAGUGGAUGGCAAUGCCAAGGCUAUGGACUGCGAUUGGGAUGGUCCCCAGCCCCGGGCAGCCGAUCUCAUCGCCGUCAGCUGUCGCCGGAUCCACCACCGGCGCAUAGCAUGUCUGCGGCGGCUGUUACGGCGCUUUUGGCUGAGCUGGACGGCUGCUCUGCGGAUGGCAGUGCCCAGCAGCGAGGGCCUUUCUCGGUGUUCUCCGUAUCAAGUGUCGGCCUGAAAGAUACAGAAUACAUCGGACAUUCGAAUUCAGCGCUGAUUCUCUCUGGCUCGCAUGAUCAUAGAGAAAGAAAGGCCCAGACAAUCCCCGAACCUGGCGCCGGUGAUUCAACAAUAGGCACAGGAGAUAGUGACCAGCCUCCUUCACUUGCAUUGAAAUCAGAGGAGUCCUACACUUCUGCGUCGUCAUCAAUUGCUGAAGACGACAGACAGAUACUCCCAGAUCCGCCCGAAUCUGUCACAACGGCAGACGAGGAUUCUCGAUUCGCCACUCCCUCAUUCACGACCGACCAAAAAAGUCCCUACCAAAAUCUUAAUCCUGAUCUCGACAAACAACUUGCACUAAUCAGACAUUACCAGGGGAGUUCGUUAGGUCUGUCGCCUUCGACUACCUUGAAUCCCUUUCCACUACCGCAAGCCGAGACUGAACUGGUCCACCACUGGGUUGUCUUCCUUAGCGGAAACAUGCUUCUGAUCGACACCCCGGAUAACCCCUGCCGUACAGUGUUCAUGCCAAUGGCCCUGAAAGGACUUGACGCUCCUACGACAGAAUCAAAUAUACACCUGUCCAUAUUCCACGCCAUCUGCGCCUCUUCUGCCUUUAGUCUCUUUCAUAUUCGCAAAGACACUCGAUAUCAGUCCCUCGCGGUGAAUCACGACCAGCAGGCUCUGCGUCAUCUGCGCUGCAACUUGCAACGAGCACGUCGAAUGAAUGAACCCACAUUGGCAGCAAUCCUUUCCUGCAUCACUGCUGAAGCCAUGUCUGGUCGACGAAGUCGAUGGCGGGCCCAUGUGGCCGGUGGACUAGGCUUGCUAGAAAAUGAAGUUCAUGAUGAAUGGUUACGCAGUCCAACCGCUUCUCGUUUACUCCAAAGCUACCUGUCUCUAUCAUCACUUUGCAGCUUGCCCAUGUCAUCGCAGCUUGCCUCGCUUCUCAAUGGGCCUUCCGAGUUACGGCACUACUUGGAACAAUCCCAUGGGGUUACAACACAAUUAGUCCAGUUCCUUGCCCAUGUUAAUACGCUCAUCGACUCCCACACCGUAAUACAUGCUGACAUGUUGGAUCGUCUUGAGCUGGAGCUCUAUCUCAAUUUUCCGUCCUUAUCCACACCAACUACUACGGACUCCAUCAUCAUCCAGCAUGCUUUGAAUGCAUUCUACUAUGCAACAAUAGUAUAUUUCCGCCGGACAUUACGCCGCGUGCCACUAUACGAUGUCCAAGGAUUGGUCGAAAAGGCUGUUCAAGAAUUGGAAGCCGCCGAUGCCUUGACAAACGGGAGAGGCGGCUGUGCUUACAAUUGGGCAUGUUUCGUUACUGCAGCCGAAUGCGAACGACGGGAUCUACAGACUCGCAUGCUGGCCUAUUUCGACCGAAAGAGUCGCCACGGUAUCCAAAAUAUCAAUGUUCUCUGCGAGAUAGUGCUGGCACUAUGGCAUCGACGAGCGAAAGCGCCACCUGAGACAGAUAUUCAGUGGCAGGAGAUCGCGAAGGAGACAGACUUUGAUAUCAUGCUUGUAUAG